UUUCCUGGUGGUACUUUGAUGCGCGUUCCGUGCGCUUCACUAAGGACUGAAGUGUGAAAAAUCCCAAAAAAUAUACAAUACUGUGUCGUGCAACGCCCUUCAAACUUAACAUAUUGUGGGAUAAGGAGAACGUGCCUCGUUCAAGAUGGCACACAAUUAUAUUGUGACUGCCCAGAAGCCUACUGCGGUGACCGCUUGCGUUACCGGUAACUUUACCUCCCCCACGGAUCUAAAUUUAAUUGUGGCUAAAAGUUCCCGGUUGGAAAUAUACCUCGUAACACCGGAAGGUCUGCGGCCGAUAAAGGAAGUCGGCAUCAAUGGCAAAAUAGCAGUUAUGAAGCUGUUCCGGCCUGCGGAAGAGACGAAAGAUUUGAUUUUCAUUCUAACGCACCGCUAUAACGCCAUGAUACUGCAGUGUGCCGUGCAGGGGGAAGACAUCGAAAUCAUAACGAAAGCGCACGGAAAUGUGGCCGACCGGGUGGGCAAACCGGCCGAGACGGGCAUUUUGGCGGUCAUAGAUCCGACGGCGCGCGUCAUCGGGAUGCGGUUGUACGAGGGACUGUUCAAAAUCAUUCCGCUCGAUAGGGAUACCAACGAACUGAAGGCCACUAGCUUGCGCAUGGAGGAGAUGCUGGUGCAGGACGUGGAGUUCCUGUACGGUACCGCGCAUCCCACGCUAAUCGUCAUCCAUCAGGACAUCAACGGGCGGCACAUCAAAACGCACGAAAUCAGCCUGAAAGACAAGGAGUUUACGAAGAUUGCUUGGAAGCAGGACAACGUGGAGACGGAGGCGACGAUGCUGAUCGCCGUUCCGAUGCCGCUCGGUGGGGCGAUCGUGAUCGGGCAGGAAUCGAUCGUCUAUCACGAUGGCGAUAGCUACGUGGCGGUCGCCCCGGCCAUCAUCAAGCAGAGCACGAUCAAUUGUUACGCCCGGAUCGAUAGCAAGGGCCUGCGCUAUCUGCUCGGCAAUAUGGCCGGUAACCUGUUCAUGAUGUUCCUCGAGACGGAAGAUAAUGGCAAGGGACAAACGACAGUGCGAGACAUCAAGGUGGAGCUGCUGGGCGAGAUCACGAUUCCAGAGUGCAUUACGUACCUGGAUAAUGGGGUACUGUUUAUUGGAUCCCGCCAUGGCGACUCGCAGCUGGUCAAGUUGAAUACUCACGCGGGCGAUAACGGCGCGUACGUGAUGCUGAUGGAAACGUUCACCAAUCUGGCCCCGAUCGUGGACAUGUGCGUGGUGGACUUGGAACGGCAGGGCCAGGGACAGAUGAUUACCUGCUCGGGAAGCUUCAAGGAAGGCUCGCUGCGUAUCAUCCGAAACGGAAUCGGCAUUCAGGAACAUGCUUGCAUCGACCUCCCGGGUAUCAAGGGAAUGUGGGCGCUUCGGGUCGGUAUCGACGAUUCGCCGUACGACAACACGCUCGUCCUAUCGUUUGUGGGUCACACACGCAUCCUUACCCUGUCCGGCGAAGAGGUGGAAGAAACGGAGAUCCCUGGAUUUCUCAGCGAUCAGCAGACGUUCUACUGCGCCAACGUGUCCCACGGCCAGAUCCUACAGGUUACACCCGGUUCGGCCCGGUUGAUCUCAUGCGAAAACAAAUCGAUGAUCUGCGAGUGGAAGCCCCCGGAUGACAAGCGCAUCGGUGUGGUGGCCGCCAACACGACGCAGCUGGUCUGUGCAUCGGCGCACGACAUAUAUUACCUCGAGAUCGAGGACGGUAAGCUCGUGCACGUAACCAAAUCGGUGCUGGCUUUCGAGGUGGCCUGCCUGGACAUCUCACCGUUUGAGGACGAGUCGGAGGCGGGUGGGCCGAUUCGAUCCGAUUUCGUUGCCGUCGGUCUGUGGACGGACAUUUCGGCCUGUAUCUUGAGCCUACCGUCGCUCGAGUACUUGCAUAAGGAAAAGCUCGGUGGAGAGAUUAUUCCCCGCUCGAUUCUGAUGGCCGCCUUCGAGGGCAUCAACUAUCUGCUGUGUGCGCUCGGCGAUGGGUCGAUGUUUUACUUCGUGCUGAACAAGACCACCGGCUGCCUGACGGAGCAGAAAAAGGUAACGCUCGGCACGCAACCGACCAUCCUGAAAACGUUCCGCUCGCUGUCGACCACGAACGUGUUUGCCUGCUCCGACCGGCCGACGGUUAUCUACAGCUCCAAUCACAAGCUGGUCUUUUCGAACGUCAACCUCAAAGAAGUGAACCACAUGUGCUCGCUGAACGCCGAAGCGUACCAGGAUUCGCUGGCCCUGGCAACGAAGAAUUCCGUCAUCCUUGGCACGAUCGACGAAAUUCAAAAGCUGCACAUUCGCACCGUACCACUCGGCGAGUCGCCGAGGCGCAUCGCGUACCAGGAAGCAUCGCAAACGUUCGGCGUCAUCACGUUCCGCAUGGACAUUCAGGACUCGAGCGGAUUAACGCCAGCCCGACAGAGUGCUUCGACGCAGACGAACAACGUCACCUUGUCCGGCAACGGGGCAUUGCUGAAGCCCGGCGCCAGCAGUACCGAGUUCGGGCAGGAGGUCGAGGUACACAAUCUGUUGAUCAUCGAUCAGAACACGUUCGAGGUGCUCCAUGCACACCAGUUCAUGCAGACGGAGUACGCUCUAUCGCUGAUGUCGGCUCGGCUCGGCAAUGACCCGAACACGUACUACAUCGUCGGCACGGGCCUGGUGAACCCGGAGGAACCCGAACCGAAGGUGGGCCGCAUCAUCAUCUAUCGCUACGCGGACAACGAAUUGUCGCAGGUCGCCGAGAAGGAGAUCAAAGGAGCGUGCUACUCACUGGUAGAGUUCAACGGUCGGGUGUUAGCGUGCAUCAACUCCACCGUACGACUGUUUGAGUGGACCGACGAUAAAGACCUUCGGCUAGAGUGUAGUCACUUUAAUAAUGUCCUGGCUCUAUUUUGCAAAACUAAAGGCGACUUCAUCCUAGUGGGAGACCUUAUGCGCUCGAUCACACUGCUACAGUACAAGCAGAUGGAGGGAAGCUUCGAGGAGAUCGCUCGCGACUACCAACCGAACUGGAUGACGGCGGUCGAGAUCCUGGACGAUGAUGCUUUCCUAGGGGCGGACAACAGUAACAAUCUAUUCGUUUGCCUUAAGGACAGCGCAGCAACGACGGACGAGGAACGGCAGCAGAUGCCCGAAGUGGCCCAAUUCCAUCUCGGCGACAUGGUGAACGUGUUCCGCCAUGGUUCGCUGGUGAUGCAGAAUAUCAGCGAACGCACGACCCCAACGACCGGUUGCGUGCUGUUCGGCACGGUGAGCGGAGCGAUCGGGCUUGUCACCCAAAUCCAAAGCGAUUUCUACGAGUUCCUGCGCAAGCUGCAGGACAAUCUAACGGACACGAUCAAAUCUGUCGGCAAAAUCGACCACUCAUACUGGCGCAGUUUUCAUACUGAGAUGAAAACGGAACGCUGCGAGGGUUUCAUCGACGGGGAUCUGGUGGAAAGUUUCCUCGACCUGAGCCGGGAGAAGAUGCGUGAGGCAUCGCUCGGACUGGAGAUCGACGUUAACGGCACGAAGCGCGAUGCCACCGUUGAUGAUAUCAUAAAAAUAGUGGAAGAUCUUACGCGAAUACACUAAAGCGGUAAUGGUCGGAUUCGAGCAACUUAUUGGCUUUUCCAUACAAACCAAGAUAUGCAACGGAUUAAUAGGGAUUUAAUCAGAGUGUUACUUUUUACUUCUUUGCAACAUGGAUAAGAUACUGUAACCUUAUCGAAGAAUUGGUACCAUCAUCAAAUAAAUUGUAAGAAUCGAAUAAAUCGGUGUUGUUUAA